UGAAUGUAUAUUUACAUGUUUGUUUGUUUACAUAUUUAUAAGUAUAAGUUGACAUGUUCGAUACCAUGUAGUUGGUCCAUGAAUGAAUAAAUUUCUUUCUUUCUUUUCCUAAUCUUACGUUUCAGUAUCAGAAUAUUCCCAAGAUGUCUGAGAGCUCGGAUUCGGAAAUAGAAAUGGAAACUAAUUACUCUUACAAGCAACAAGACAUUAAUAUCCUGCUGCUAGGAGAGACUGGAGUUGGCAAAUCCACCUUCAUAAAUUCUGUUGCAAACUAUUUGACCUACCGAAAUAUGAAAACUGCUGCCUCGGAAAAACUGCUCGUACUCAUUCCGACAUCUUUUGGUAUAACAGACAAACACAAAAAGAAGCAUCUGGUGAAAAUUGGUAAUGAAGACCAUAAUGAAUUUCUAGAAACGGGAAUUUCCGGAACGCAAGACGUCAAAACGUAUGUUUUUCCAAUUUGCGAUGGGCAGGUGAAAGUUCGAUUGAUUGAUACACCAGGAAUGGGUGAUACCAGAGGUAUCAAACAAGACGAUAUCAAUUCAGAAAACAUCCUAAGCUACAUCGGACAGCUCAAAGAACUCCACGCCAUUUGUUUCCUGUUCAAGCCCAACCAAUCGAGACAAACUGUAUUUUUUCACUACUGCAUGGCUCAGAUCUUUUCCCGCCUUGAUAAAUCGGCCAGCAGAAAUGUUGUUUUUGUUUUCACCAAUUCUAGAGGAUCUGAUUAUAGCGGUGGAGAUACCCUCAGCAUUUUGGAAAAAGUUGUGAGUGAUAUCAAGAAAAGACCACCGUAUGUUGAAAUUCCCAUCGAUAAAAAUGUUUUUUGUUUCGACAAUGAGGCCUUCAGAUUCUUGGCAGCUGCUCAAAAUGGUGUGGAGUUUACCUCAAAAGUUCGGGAUUACAACAACGAAAGUUGGAGUCAUUCAUCUGGAGAAUGUUGGAACCUUAUCAAGUAUAUUCUUGGAGACGAUGAAAACCCUCCUCUAACACCUCAUUAUAUACAGAGUACCACAGCUAUCAAUGAAGCUCGCAGAAUGAUUGGUCAGUUAUGCCAACCACUAGCUGAAAUAUCUCAACUCAUAGGCCAUAAUAUGAGCAUAUUACAAAGACACAAGGAAAAUCUUCAGGUAGAGAAUCAAAGCAUGAACGAACUCAAAGAUCAACUGUUUAUGCCAGUUAUUAGCUUGGAAGUCGUUGAGCUAACUCAACCUGUUACUGUUUGUACAAAUCGGGAAUGUUCCGAAGUAUAUCAGGUAGGAGGGAGAAGCAAAUGGCAUUACAAGCAGCGAUGUCAUGAACCGUGCUAUUUGCAAAAUGUUCCAAAAGAAAUAAUCGGCAGUCCCGAACUAGUAAACUGUGCUGCAAUGAACGGAGAGGGGGUAUGCAAAGAGUGCAACUGCAAUUUUCAGGUACACAUGCAUGUGUACUACAUGACGGAAACGAAAGAAGUCAAAGAAAAGGAUUCCAAUAUAGAGCAGAAUAUUAAUUCUAAAGAAGAAGUAAUGGAUAACGUCAGAAAAUUAAUCGAGAAUAUGGAGACGAAAAAAGAAGAAUUGGAUAGUGAGCAUCACAUAAUUAUCAAUACUUCUGCGAGAUUCGCUCACUUUCUACAAAAUAAUGCGAUCACACCGUUUAGCGAUUCUUAUAAAGAAUACAUAGAAUAUCUCAUCAACCAGGAAAAAUCCUUGGGUAAACUAUGUAACAAUGAAACAUUGAAUCAUUUACGAAAACUUCUUAGAGAAUACGUGGAAACUAAGGCAUCCUUCGACGAAGUUUUGAAGUUGAAUAAAAGUACAUCUUCAGAUAAGAAUAUUACCCUAGACGAUGUUAAUGAUAGCAUAAAGGAAUUGUUUAAGCUCAAACAUAAUGGUAAAAAAAUCAGAGAACUUUUUGAAUGCCAGCAGAAGGCAAGAAAGAAGGAGCACGAGAACACAGAGUAUAUACAUUCUGCGCCUGUAAAGAAGGGAGAUGGUAAAACUAUCACGAAGAAAAAUCAAAAGAAAG